AGUAGGUAUAACUAUAGUAGAACUAAUUUCUAGUCUUUACUAUAUAAAGCCCAGUGACUGUAAUACGUGGUUAUGCAUCACGGCCUGGGAAGCGGGCGCUACAGGGGCAAGUUUGGUGCCUGAGGCACCAAACCGCGGACUUGCUGUAUAAGGGGUCAAACACAACGUUGCCUUUAGCAAAGCUAGUGUGCUGUUACCAGACCCCUAUAAACCUAUUCCCCCUUAUUAGUCCCCUUUAUACUAUUCACAGACUCUUACCAGGACCAAGGACCUUACUUGAUAGAGGCACCAACUCCAGGUGUCCAUAUUGAUUGGACAUAACACACGCAUCUGCUAACCUUGUUAUUGGCAAUAUGUCAUUCAAGUGCGCCCUUGUUGGUGACUGCGUUGAAUGCAGUUCUUCAGAGACCCUUACCCAGAUAAAAAUACCCAUCGAGGAUAUACUGUGCAUGAUUCCACCUCACGAGGGACACGAUUCGGGAUACAGCUUAUUGUUCUUCAACCCGGACACCAAUACACCACCGAACCUCAGGAGAAUUCAUCUCACGACGGCGCCAUCCAAACUUGUGUCCGACCACUUGCUCCUGGACACGCCGAAUUUCUACAACUCGAACAAUCCCAUAAAGCUCCACUUCAUCAUAUCCACGGCCUCUGGGACGGGGACGGCUAAACUUCUAUUCAGUAAUAUUCUGCGACCAUUGCUUUCCUAUCUUGGGUUAGAUUCAUAUGAGGUUCAUGAGACACAAUCUUCCCAGACUAUAACUGAUUUAUGCUACUCGCUGUUCAUACCCCAGGCCGAAGCUGGUAUUCAGCAAACCAUCGUCCUUCUUUCAGGAGACGGCGGCCUUUGCGAUGUUAUCGACGCAUUCUACAGCUCCGCGAAAAGCAUCCAUGCGACACCAAAUAUUGCCCUUUUCCCAGCAGGUACGGGUAAUGCCAUGGCAAGUUCCAUAGGACUAGUCGCCCACCCUAAAGCGGCACUGAUGGCAUUGUUAUGCGGCAAACCAACUCGGGUUCCCGUAUUUGCCGCAACGUUCUCCCACGGCGCCAGGUACGUCCAGGAUAGCCCGACACAGUCCCAGACGGCUGCUGAGCUUCCCUGCCGGAGGGUGUAUGGCGGUGUUGUUGCCAGUUGGGGGCUACACGCCGCACUAGUCGCAGAUAGCGACACGACUGAAUAUCGCAAAUUCGGAGCCGAAAGGUUCAGAAUGGCCGCGAAUGAACUCCUCUAUCCAUCAGAUGGCAGCGAGAGUCACAGAUACCGUGGGUUAGUCACACUGUUUGGAAAAAAUGGUCAAGGCCAAGGAGAUACCAAGCCAGAAGAAACCAUUGAGUCCACGGAACAUAUGUAUGUCUUGGCGACACUAGUAUCAAACCUCGAAAAAGACUUCAUGAUAUCCCCCGAAUCCAAACCCCUGGAUGGCUCGCUUAGGGUGAUACGGUUCGGCCCUCUGUCAGCGGAGCGCGCAAUGCAGGUGCUGUCCUUGGCAUACCAAAACGGCCAACAUAUCCUGGAUAGUGAUGUUGAAUAUCGCGAGAUUGAAGGGAUCCGGAUUGGAUUUGAUGAGCCCGAGGAGAGGUGGAGGCGCGUUUGCAUUGAUGGAAGGGUGAUAAUGAUUGAAGAGGGCGGCUGGUUGGAGGUGGAGAAGGAGAAGAGGCAUCUCCUGAGAAUACUCUUACCAGCUCCACGGGAGUAAGUACUGAGCACUCCCGUUCGGCUCUUCUGCAGCUUUACUCUCGCCUCCGCAUGGAAUACGUACGUUGUAUUGUGAUUUCUUAUUCAAAACAAACUCUAUGUGGGAGGUACACUCCUGGUCCCACUUAAUUGUGGCACUUUCCGGGGUUAGACCGCUUGUUUGGCACGAGACCCGGAGGUAACCACAUAUAAGAGUUUUGUGACCGAACAGAUUCUUUUUUAGUUAGGUCGACACCGUUAGUACUUCCUGGGCUAUCUCGCUAUUCAAUGUACGUCAACCUAUCGGAAGC